AUGUCAUCCACCGAGGCCUACGCGAUGCAGAUGAUGGCGAGGAGUACGGCCCGUGUGCUCGAUAUUUUCAAUUUUACGACGGUUUCCCGGGACUCGCUGAACGCGUUGGCCGACCUGUCGCGGAGGUAUAUCGAGCGGCUGUGCGUCGAGUCGAAGCUGUUCAUGGAGCAUGGAGGCCGUACGCUUUGUGAUCCGGAGGACGUGCAGUGCGCGAUGGGGCGGCUGAACAUUCAUGGGACCGAUUUGCACGAGUAUAUGACGAAGGUUCGCGUCGAUCUCUCAACGCAGCGCGGCGCCACCAUCCCCGUCAGCUUCGAGCAGCGGCCAAUGCCCAAGCUGCCGACCUACCUUCCCCAGCACUGCUCGAUCUCGAUGACGUGCCCCUCGGAGAAGGAGAUCGAGCAGAGGAGGGCCGACCAGGGCCCAAUUUUGCCGUGUUUACCCUCGCUUCAUCAUGAUACAAAUGCUAAUGACGUGAAUCGCCCAUCGACCAGCACGCCAUUGCCGUCCGUUCUCCCGCCACCACCCCUCGCCACACCCAGCCCCGCCAAGCCUCAGCCCUCCUCACAAUCUGUGGCCGAGAAAAAGGAGGGCCAUGACGAUCUCUGGGACUUCUCCACCUGCGACACCAUCUCGCUCGGCGUCGCGUCGAAGAGCCAGACGAAUGUCGUGUCGCGAUUUGACAAAGCCAUCCGUCGGCGGCAGAGCCCGAUACCGAGCAGCAGCACGCCGAAGAAGGGCAAGGCCCGCGAUCUCAUUAACAACCACACCUCGGGCGUGAAAUCGGCCCGUUCGAGUCCUGUCCCUCCACACUCACCCAGCUCGCCGGCCCCGUCAACGUCGGGGAUGGGCGGCAAGAAGUACGACAGCAGCCCCAAUCUCAAGGAGAUGGAGAACGGCCCCCCGAAGCUGUCGGUGAACCGGCUGAAGAAGCUGGAGAAGAAGCGACCGGUCAGCCCCCUCGUCUCCCAACACCCACCAAAUAUCAUCAACAACAGCAAUGGGACUGCGGCUUCAUCAUCUACAGCUGCUGCAGCCGCUGCCCUGGCCGCCCUCAUCCCGAAUGCGAGCAAUCUGCUGAAGGAGAUCCAUCAAAUGCCCGCCCUUCUGCCCGAGGAGAUCGUCCCGCAGUUGCUGAACACGUAUUUCCCGGAUCGGAACGCCCCGACGCCGCCGUAUCGCUACGAGGAGCCAUGUGACGAGCCGCCGCCGGUCCUCCCCGUCUCACAGCCAAAGCCCAAAAAGGAGAAGAAGGACAAGACGAAAAAGGACAAAAGUUGGACACACCACCAGCGGCCGGGCAGCAGCUCCUCGACAAAUCGUGAGAUACGCGAAGAGCCGCCGAAACUCGAGCCGGCGACUACGAUUCGGCUGGGAUGCAGCCCGUCGACGUCGUUUCCGGUGGCCGAAUCGGCAGCCCGUGCCACUCCACCCCGACCUGCGGAUCUUCCUCCAUUGAAAAAAGAGGAGUACGACUCGGACGCGACGAUCCCGAUGCUCACCGACGGCGGCGAUCUACCCAUUGGCGAUAUGCCGACGACGUUCCCGCUGAACAUCUCGAUGAAAGACUCCCCUGCUCGACCUCCCGACAGCACUGCCGAGAAAGAGGCGAAGAAGGAGCGCCGAGACAAGGAGAACGGCCACGUGAAGAGCAUCGACAAGUUGCCCCCAAUAAAGAUCAAGCUCCUCAGCCCCUCAACGUCUUCUGAUCCGUCAACGACACCAGCAAGGGGUGCUGGAACGCCCGGCCAGGAGCCGCUGAAGAUCCGCAUCAAGCCCAUCGCCCAGGAGAGCCCUGUCCCCUCCACAUCUACCGUAUCCACGACAGCUGCUGCCGAGUCCUCCUCCACUUCGAGGCCCUCUUCCGGAAUGGGCGUCGUCCAGCCCAAGCAUAUUGAUCGGAGCGUCGACCGUCCCCGGGUGAAGACGAAAGGCGAAUUGAAAGCCCUUCCCCCGCUAUUCGCCGUUGAUACGCGAAUCGUCAAGCCGACCACGCCGAAUAAUCCACGAAGCAGCACAUCUACACCUGUACCCCCGGUUGCGGCGAGGAAUAGCCCAGUGCCCCCGAUCGUGUUGAAGUCGCGGGAAAAGGAGAAGAUCAACACCCCCACCACGUCCACACCCGCAAAAGCUUCGACUGCUUCAGUCAAGAAGGAGACCCCGCCAAAACCCUCGCCCUCUACAGCACAACCACACGUUGAGGCCAAAAAGAAGGCCGAGCCGGUUAAGAAGCAGCCCGCCAAGAAGAAGGAGGUGAAAUCCCGGGCGAGCGUCGACCUCACUGAAGAUGAGGACGAGGCGCCGGUGAAGGGAAAGGCCAAUGGCGACGAUCCGCAAGUCUGGAUCUGCCCGGUGUGUUCUGUGGCGUAUGCCGAUGGGGCAAAUAUGGUUGGCUGUGAUACGUGUGAUGAUUGGUAUCAUUGGGCAUGUGUCGGCAUUACUGUCGAACCCCCGGCCGAACAACAGUGGUUCUGUGAUAAGUGCACGAAAAAGCGCUCGGAGAGCAAGGUGGAGAAGCGGAAGGGCUCCUCAAUUGGCGCUGCUGCUGCGGCGAAGAAGCGGAAA